AUGAUCUCCAUACUUCUCUCUCGUCUUCUUAUCUUGGUUAGCGGGAUUAUGUACCCGUCUUAUCGGUCGUACAAGGCUGUCAGACUGAAGGUAAGAUCUUGUAAUUGUUUUUCUCAAAAUUUAGGUAACAACUUGAUGAAUUUGGUAUCAUAAGAAACUAAAACAAGCUCCUGAGCGUUUAUUAUCUCCGUUUCUUAUCUGUUUUUGUAAUUAAAUGUUUGGGUGAAGUAUUUUAUAUCUUGUUUUAUAACGAAAUCUCUUCAGGAUGCCAAGGAGUACAUGAAAUGGAUGAUGUAUUGGAUCGCCUUUGCCGUCUUUUGUGUCUUCGAAUCGUUUGCCGACAUUUUCAUUUCCUUUUGGUUCCCCUUUUACUACGAAUUGAAGAUCGCCUUUGUUCUCUGGCUCGUGACCCCAUGGACGAAAGGCGCCACAAUUUUGUAUCGAAAGGUGAGAAAACUUUCACUUUCCUUUUUUGUCUCGUUUUUAGGCGGUAUUCCGAAUAAAAACAAGGCCAAUGAAUCAAAUGAAACAGCAAAAGUUCAAGGUUUUUUGAAGAAGGUGCCUAAAAUAAUAUAAUUUUAGUGGAUUCAUCCAACGUUGAUGAAACACGAAGAUGAAAUCGACCGUUUCUUGGAGAAGGCCAAAGAAGAGACCUACAACCAGGCCGUGAACGUUGGUCGACGUUCUCUUUUGUACGCCAGAGAGGUUGUUGCGACAGCGGCUUCUCGAAGUCAGGCACAUUUGGCCGAGCAAGCGCUGGCCUUGAGUGGAACCCUGGUGUCAACCGAAAAUUUGCAACAGAACGAAAAUACGAAGCCUAAAAGAAGGACCAGAUCAAGAUCCAGGAAUUCAAGCGAGUCUGCGUUUGAUAUUGACAGUAGAAUGGACCCCAUGUUGGACUCGAGAAGUGAACGCGUUCCUGUUCAUAGAAGGGUGAGAUAUUACUCAUAAUGGAUUCUAGGGCAUAUGUAAAAAUUCUAACUUAAUUUGCACACUAAAUUUUACAUUUUUUAUAUUGCACUUGCCAUUAUCUCGAAAAUUUGUCAUGUGUAAUAUAAAAAGUUUGCCGAAAGGUAUAAAAUUUAUGUGUUUAGUGAUCAUCAGCUCCCAUACGUGUAAACUUUGUAUGUUAUUCGAUUGGAAAUCUAGUGGUUUAUGUAGAAAUGUGAUUGUAAGUACAAAAGUGUGUGAGUUUGAGUUCCGACCCCUGUUUUGUUGAUUUUAAUGUGAGAUCUUUGGCUUUGGAGAUCUUGAAAGUCUUGUGUUUGAAUUUAAAGUCUUUUUUUUGUUUGUGGUGGUGGAAUUUUUUGAAUUUUUUCGACCUUGCCUAGUAUAAUAUAAUUUUUUGAAAUUUUUUUUGUUUUUUGGGUGGUUUAUGGAUUUGAAUGUUAAUUUAAUGGAAUGAAAAUUCUUUCAGGUCCCCUCCGCCCCCACUCACAGCGAUUCCGAAGAUGAUAUGGAGGUGUUGGAUUCGCGCGGCGACUCGGAAUAUCGUCCCAGAGAUUCCGCCGACCCCGAUUACCACACCCUCCCCCGUCGUAGCAGCCGAACUCGCCGCCAACCCACCUAA